AUGGGCGGGAGCGAAACCGAUAGUUUUUCCCUCCUUUUAUUUUUUAUCUCUCAUUAUGCAUUAUCUGUUUGUGCCGACGCAUAUAUUUCAACCAUGAGUAAUAAACAAGUGAAACGAGAAAACUGGGGCAAAUGGACGGAAUUUUUCUUUUCUGUUCUUGGUUCCAUGGUGGGCUUGGCGAAUAUUUGGAGAUUCCCAUAUCUCUGCUACAAGAAUGGAGGCGGUGCCUUCCUGAUACCGUUUUUCUUUUUCUUGUUUAUUGCUGCCGUUCCACUUUUAUUCGUGGAACUAUCCUAUUCGCAAUAUUCAAAUCUUGGACCCGGAAAAGUAUGGAUCCUUUGCCCACUCUUUAAAGGUAUCGGUUAUGGUAUGGUUAUUUUGAGCAGCAUCAUUUCCAUUUUUUACACGAACGACAAUAGAACAUACCUGCAGCAAUCACUUGGAUUCAAUAAUUCAAAUAGCUCGUUUCACCGCCACGCCAUUUCUGCCUCAGAACAAUUUUGGAAGCAUCAUGUAUUAGAGAUAACAUCUGGUGCAAGCAAUAUGGGGAGCAUUCGUUAUCCGUUACUGUUGUGCUUAGCAAUUUCUUGGAUUUUUGUCUUCCUCUGUCUCAUCAAAGGCAUCAAAUCCUCUGGAAAAGUUGUCUAUGUUGCAGCCACAUUACCCUACUUGCUUCUGACGAUCUUACUCGGGCGCGCCGUAACCCUUCCCGGAUCAAAAGAUGGAUUACUUUAUUAUAUGUUGCCCAAAUGGGAAAAACUCAAGGAAUUUUCUGUGUGGAAAGAUGGCGCUGUCCAGAUCUUCUAUUCGGCUGGCGUUGGUGUCGGCGGAAUAUCAACCUUGGCCAGUUAUAAUAAUUUCAAUAAUAAUUGUCAAAGGGAUGCUUUUAUCUUCCCAUUAAUUGAUGGACUAACAAGUUGGUUUGCAGGUCUAACUACAUUUUGCAUUCUUGGUUACAUGGCUCAUAUUAGUAAUACAGACAUCAGUAACGUUGUUACUCAAGGUCCUGGCGUUGCUUUUGUUGUUUAUCCUGAAGCUUUAUCUACACUUCCAUUUGCUCAACUUUGGUCUUCUCUGUUUUUUCUCAUGUUGUUCAUGGUUGGAAUGGACAGUCAGUUUGUUCAUGUGCAGACUCUUGUCACAGCUCUCACUGAUAUAUUUCCAAACCAACUUCGAAACAGAAAAAUGCUUAUAACGGCAAUAACAUGCGUUAUAACUUUUCUCCUCGGAAUUCCUUGUGUUACUCAGGGCGGAGUUUAUAUCGUACAAAUCCUCGACUGGUACUGUGCGAGUUUAUCACUUUUAUUUUUGGCCUUUAUGGAAGCUUGUGGGGUUUGUUAUAUUUAUGGUGUUUCACGAUUAUUCGACGACAUAACACUGAUGUUAGGCUACAAACCAUUGGCCAUCUGGAAACCACUCUGUAAAUAUGUGGCUCCAGUCUCCGCCUUUGCAUGCUGGAUAAUAACAUUAAUUGGACACUCUUCACUCAAGUACGACUCCGGGGAGCCUUUCCCGAUAUGGGUGUCUUACUUCGGUGGAGUAAUUGCCCUAUUGUCAAUCAUACCUUUUCCAGUUGCUGCAAUUAAAGAACUCUUGUCACUGCCGGGUCCUUUCUUAAAGCGACUGAAGACCAGUGUGAAGCCGACAUCUGAAUGGGGACCUGCAUUAAAGAAAUACCAACAAUGUAAAAAUGACAUCAACAUGUUGACAAUUGAAGAAACAUAG